UCAGUUUAUUCCGUUUAUUCUGAUGAUUUUGAUAAACUUCAAGAAAGUGUGUACGUGGAGAAUUCCCAUCUGCUCCUUUACGUAGUGCCAAUGAAGAUAGUCAACAUUAACUCCUGGAUUUGAUUUAGAUUCUUCAAGUUGAUAGACUCCCGUUGACAAAAGUUGUGAAAGAAAAUAUACAGAAUGAAAGUUCAGCUCCAAAAAUUCAGUAAACGAUCGUACACAUGACAGUAAUACCACAAAAGUGCUACCAAGACAAUUCAAAAGUCCUCACCAUCUAUUCCGACAAUAUUCCUGCAUCAUUACAAUUAUCGAAUCAUUUAAUAAUGUAAAAAUAAUGAUGAAUCUUGGUUGUUCGUGUCACGAAUUCUCAUUACAAUAACUCGUGCUAUUUACUCGUUAUUGUAACCUCAAUAAAGAAAUUAUUUUGUACAAUACUUGACAUCAUAUCAAAUAACACGUGUGAUUUGAUUAAAAAAUGCUAAAUGAAACUGAAGCAUUACGAGUGAAAAAGUUUACUCUGGACUAAAGAUGGAAAAUACAAACUCAUUGCACGAUAAUUGUACUGUUGCAAGUACAUCAUCUGAUGAUGUUUGUGGAGAGAGAAGUGGACUGCAGAUUCUGGAUGAGUUUAAAAAAUUGUAUGAAGGAAGAAUAGAGAGUGUUGAUUCAAAUAAUCCCAACGCAUCAGACGUAAAGAUGAAAAUAAUGGAGGAGUGGAUUAAUGAUCUUCAUGCUCAAAAUGUGAUGUUAGCUAAGACAGUUCAGGAACUUGAGGAGGCAGCUUACCAAAGGGUCAAGAUAUUGGAGGAUAAAUUAAAACACACAUCCAAUUUGAUAACUGAUAAUAUGGCUCUUGUCGAGGAGCCGAGGCAUCACGAGCUAAAUGAUCUGACAGACAGGCUGGAUUAUUUGCAACAAGAGGAUGAAAUAUUGAAACAAAAAAUUAAUAACUUCCAGAAUGAUAUUACUGGAUUGAUAGAGCUGGUCAGACGUGGGUAUUACGAGCGGCGAUGGAGUCUUGAUGGAAUUAAUCUGUAUGAAUUGAAAGCCGCUGACAUUCCGAUUCCUUUUGGGAGUGAUCGUCGGCCUCAUGAUGACAGACUUCCAGAAAAUAAAGAGCUUACGAAUCAAGAGCCAAUUUUCAAUGAAUGGAGUCAGAGUUCAACGGCUAUCAGUAAUCAAUUAGAAUUGAUUAAUUUGAAAGAAGAAUUGCGAAAUCAGAAUGAACAAGUGGAACGAUGGAAAGAGAAAUGUAUUUCUAUCCAAAAAGAGUUCGCAGAGGGACGAGAAUCUUUAACACUAGAAGUAGCACAGAAACACGAUCAAAUAAUGAAUUUGAAGGAUAAAAUAGAGAAUAUCACGGAGCAAUGUGACCAGAUAAGUAAACAGAUGCAUUUCAAAGACGAAAUUAUCAAGGAAAUGCGUUCUCAAUUGAAGCAACAAAAAGAGAGGAAGGAGAUCCCCCUUUCACAUCCGGUGCAGGAUAAAAAAGGGCCUCAAGUGAGGUGGGACUGUGUUUUAUCUCACGAACAAUCGCAGGAGAAAGAGAGUUUUAGUGAUGAAUCCUCAGAAGACUUCCCGAAUUUAAAAACCAUUGUGGAGAACGAGCAGGAUAAUUUAAUUCACAUUAAGGAUAAUUUAAUCGAGAUUCUCCGAACAUUCAAUUUUAAUGAGGAAAAGGCUUAUAAGAGAGGACUAGCUGAUGCCCACGAAAAACUCCAAAGUAUGGAGAAUCUUCUGGAAAAUUAUAACAUUCAGAAAUCAUGGGAAGAUUCAGAUUGCAAUACAUUCAUCAGCCACACGAAUAAAUUAACAGAGGCUAUUGAAAUUUUAUCAAAAAUCUGUCUGUCAAAGGAAAAUCAAAUUAGUCAAGUUCUCUGCACAUUUCAAAAUUCAUUAGAGAAGACAGAUAAAAUCGAAAGAGAAUCAAUCGAAAAACAGGGAAAUAUAUCUCGACAAGACUUCAAGGUGAUGGAAGAAUUCAGAGUCUGCACGGUGGAGGCACAGGCAGCUGUAGAGGAUCUUCAAGAAAAAAUUACUUCAAUAGUUUCCAAUCUGUCCUGCAGACACCAAUUAUUCAUUGAUCUGAAGAUUGCUCUUGACAAUAGCCAGGAAGAGAUUAACAAAACCGAUGACGAGCUAUCAGAUAUAUUGGAUUCCUUGAAAAAACAUAUUGAUGAAAAACUUAUGACCAAAGAGAGAAUGAUUUCCGGGAGAGAAAAGCUACAUGAUUUCAAAAAUAAAAUAAACAAGUGCCUUGUUGAAUUGAAAUUAUUAACAGCAGUUGACCAAGUGGAGAACUCCUGCAACAAUUUAAUGGACAAUGUUAUUGAUGAGAUAGAAUAUAUACUGUGUCAUUUACAAGUUUUUAUAACUAAAGAGGAAUCUACUUAUGACUUGUUAAAUAAAUCCAGAGAUCUGGUGAAAAGGCUAGAAGAUCAUUUAAGUAAAUUCAAGAAAUUUAGUGAUUGCGUGUUACGUGAUGAUAAAUCGGCGAAAGAUAUUUACGAGCAGAACUGGGAGAAAUUGGAGAAAUUAGAGAGUGAAUUGGACGAUGCACACACACGAAUGCAGAAUAAUUUAGAAAAUAUAGUCCAGAGGAGUCAACAGGAUGAAUAUGUUCAUGAUUUAUCCUCUGAUUCACAAGAGGGAACGUCUCAUAGAUAUGACGACUCGACAAGCCAAUCAAUUUCGGAAUUAGAAGAACUAAAGGGUAUAGUAACAUCCAAAGAUAAAUUGAUUCACCAGAAGGACGAAAUUAUAAAGAUCCAGAAGGAAUCAAUCUACAUGACGCAAGAGGAAAUGAGAAAUUUGCAACGCAAACUGGAAGAAAAGAUUAAUACACAUCUGGAGGAAAAGAAACAUUUAUUAAAAGAGAGUAAAUUGCAGAUUGAAACGAUUGAGCACUUGCGAAAAGCUGUUGUCGAUGGGAAGAAGAAUUCAGAUCGUCUGUCUAGUCAAAAAUCCGUUAGCGAUGUAGUAUGGACUUCUAUUACACCAGCAGUGUUCAAUAAUGGUGACGUGCAUGAUAUUUAAGAGGGAAAUUAAUUUGUACAUAUUUCAUGUCAAAUCAGUUAAUGAAUCAGUACCUGUAUGACCUUUUAUCUUCGAAUAAAAUGACUUCAGUGCAAUUGAAUAUUCAAUUUUUUAGUCAUUCGUGUUAAAUAAUUUGGUAAAUGGGCACAAUAUCAGCUUUUUAUUAAAUUUAUUCGAUUUUCAAAAGAUCAGGAGGAAAAUAGAGUCAAUCCAAUUAGUUGAAGGUGGAGACUAGAUCAGACAUGAUUUUUGUUGGGUUGAUAUGACUUCGAUAUAAAAGUCACACCAUAUCAAGCGAUUUUUAAUUUAAUAGAUUGAUUUAAUGGAAAUUAACUGAUAAAAUUUUAUUAAAUAUAUAUCUCUAAAAGGGAAGAAAAGUCUCGUGCAGCUACAGGUGACUUGGAGGAUAUAAAUUUAAAAGGCUCAACCUAGUUCUCUAAUUAUAAGACAGGAAAAUUUAGUGAAGACUGGUAUUGUGGUCAUUUGCCAAUCAUUUUUAUGGUUUCACUCGAUUCUAGGGAAAAAUCAAUAAAAUCCCUGAGGAUAUACAUUUUUAUGUCUUUUGAUAUGCGCUAAUCCGUCCGUUAUUACUUCAUGUCUCGAUUUUAACAGAAUAAUAAGAUCGGCGACGAGAUGAACGCAAUUGUGAGGGAAUUAAACAGUGAGGAUUCUCUUCAGUGUCUGGAUUAUGAGAAUGCUCUAAUGAAAUGCAUAAUGAAACUACACGUCUCCAGGUACAUCAUCCGUGCCCUCCACAUUCGUUUGUGCUCAACACAAAAAUUACUUGAUGAAAAAUCGGAUGAACUAGCCUGCCUUGCUGCGGAUUAUCAAAUAAUUUAUGUACGAAUUAUUUAAAUAGUUUAUUGAGUCAAUUGUAUACUAUUUUCGUAAUUGCAGAAUCGUUCUUCAAUCCUGGAAGCAGCUAGCCGAAAUUUCAAGUGUAAACAGGAGGAAGAACACAUGUUCCUUCUCUCUGCUAUUUUCCAACUCAGAGAUAAAAUGAAAAAUAUUGAGAAAGAUUACAGAAGAGUUUGUGAUGAUUUUGAGAAGAGCCAGAAAUUACUGAUGAUUGCGACAAGUCGAGAAGUCGAUUUGCAACGAUCGCUCUCUGUUUUGCAACAUUCAUAUGAAGAAAAAGCUUGCCAAUGGUUUGGAGAACAGCUCGGUUCCAUCAAGAAGCGUAUGAAGAUACUCCAAUCAAAAUGUGAUGAGCUAGCAAAUGAGAACAUUCAAUUGAAACGCCAGUUGCAGAGUUACAGAGGAUAUAAUGUGCUUAGGAAAGUGCAAAAGAGGAGACUCAGACGUACAAAGUAAAAACAAGCAAAUAAUGUUAAAUUAUAGAACUAUAAUGCUUCUGCAAAAUACCCAGAGAAUGGUUUGCAAUGAAAUUAGAACGACAGAACAUAUUAUUAAGAAUAUUUGGCCAAAUGCUUGUUGGAGUUAUAACAAUUAGAUCAUUUAGCAUUUUUCAAUUAUUUAAAUGCAAAGAAAAAUUAUGUACAGCAUUCAGUAUAAUUAAUUUGCAUCAGGCCGAUCUAUUGAUAAUAAUUUGGGACUUAUUAUCUUAGAAUUCCGACAAUGUUUUUCAAAUAUCUAGACAAGCUGAUUUGCAAAGAGAAAUUAUUGUUAUAAAACAAAUUAUUUAGAAUGUUUGGCCAAGUGUUCAUUUGAUCUAUAACGAUUAGAUCGUUUUCCUAUUUUUCAAUUAUUUAAAUGCAAAUAAAAGCGAGAUCCAACAUUCUAAUGAAUUAAUUUGAGUGUCAAUUAAUAAUUUGAAUAACUUAUUAUUUUAGAAUGCCGUCAAUCACUGUCAGAGAUUACAAGUACUGGCGUAAAAACAUCGAAUAUAAA